CAGGCCUCGCUUCUCCCCGCCCAGCCUGAUGCGGCCACAACUCUGGAGGAGGAACGCGCUUCAGUAGGCUCGGGAAAGCGCGGCUCGUUAUAGCCGAAGCCGCAGGGAUUGGGACCCAGAACGGGGCCUCGGGCCUGUGAACGGUUUCUUUCCCAGUGCCCAGUAUGGUGAUGUAGCCACCCAUCGGUGAAGCGCCUCAAGAGGCAAAGAACCACGAAGAGAAGGUGGGAAAUUAGGCCACCAUGGAGCCGCCUCCGGCGCUCCAGGCUGUACUGGGGAGUGAGGUGAUCGCACUGCACUACAACUACACCGGCAAACUGAACGGGGCACGCUACGAUCCAGGCGGGGGCUUGCGCGCAGAUGCUGCAGUCUUCCUGGCAGUGUGUGGCCUCAUCGUCCUGGAGAACUUGGCGGUUCUGCUAGUCCUCUGCCGCCACAAGAAGUUCCACGCGCCCAUGUACCUGCUUCUGGGCAGCUUGACCCUCUCCGACCUACUGGCCGGGGCCGCCUACACUGUCAACAUCCUGUUGUCUGGGGCCCGCACCUUGCACCUCUCGCCCGCUCUCUGGUUCGCCCGAGAGGGCGGUGUCUUCGUGACACUGGCUGCCUCAGUGCUCAGCCUGCUAGCCAUAGCGCUGGAGCGACACCUGACCAUGGCAAGCCGGCGCCCGGCGCCCAUACACCGGCGGGGCCGCACACUGCUGCUGGCGGGGGCCGCGUGGCUGGCGUCCCUGCUGCUUGGGCUUCUUCCUAGCCUCGGCUGGAAUUGCCUAGGCCGCUUGGCCCAGUGCUCCACAGUGCUUCCCCUCUAUGCCAAGCCUUAUGUGCUUUUCUGCGUGCUUGCCUUCCUAGUCAUCCUUGUGGCUAUCUUUGCGCUCUAUGCCCGCAUCUAUUAUCAGGUGCGUGCCAACGCAAAGAAGUUGCAGCUUCGGGCUGCAUCGGGAGGGUCCCGCCGCCUGCCCAAGUCUUUGGCGCUGUUGCGCACGGACGUGGUACUGCUGGCGUUCAUCGUGUGUUGGGGACCACUCUUCUUGCUGCUGCUGCUGGAUGUAGCAUGCCCCGCUCGAGCCUGCCCAGUACUCCUGCAGGCGGACUACUUCCUGGGGCUAGCUAUGGCCAAUUCACUGCUCAAUCCCAUCAUCUACACGCUUACUAGCCGGGACCUGCGCCGUGCACUCCUGCGCCUCUUCUGCUGUUAUCGGUGCUGCUGCUGCUGCUGCUAUAGGCCCCUAGGCUCAGGACCAGGUGGUGAGGGUGGGGUCAGCGUGCGCCUCCGGCUACCGCCCAUCCUGGAGUGCAGCACCAGCAAGUCGGAGCGCUCCUCGAACCGACAAGAAGGGUUGGACACCAGCGUCUCCACAAGCAACGCCACGCCCACGCGCACUCCAGUUAAGACCUCGGUGCGGAAGACCACAGACUGACACUUUAUUCCCCAGCCCCUCUCCAGGACCCAGUCCUCUCCUCCUGCACUAUUUUCAGAUUAUUGGUUGUUUUUGUUGUUGUUUUAAAAAUAAAGUAAUUUGUAUUAUAA